AUGUCGAUUACUGAUGGAAAGCAAGAUGUGGAAACGAUGGCAUCUCCCACACAAGAGAUAGCUGGCAGCACUGAAAAGAUCGUGGACACUAGAAACAUUGACCAAGCCGCAUUGUUUCUUGCGCAGGCGGAGGGCUACGAAAGUCUUACGGCGAAGCAGGAACAGCGGUUGAAGAGGAAGAUUGACUGGAUCAUGAUCCCAAUGCUCUUCGUCACUGCCACACUGGGUGCUGUAGACAAGGUGGCCUUAAGCACCGCCGCCAUUUAUGGCUUACAGGAAGACAACGGUUUACACGGGCAACAGUAUUCAUGGCUAGGUUCAAUCCUAUCUCUCGGUGCCUUAGUCGGAAUGUUUCCAUCCUCAUACCUCAUCCACAAGUUCCCUGCCGCAAAGUACCUCUGCACAUGCUCCAUGGCAUGGUCGGCAAUGGCACUUCUGAUGCCUGCUUGCAGUAGUUGGAGUGGGUUAAUGGCUCUUCGCUUCCUGAUGGGCGCUGCUGAGGCUAUCAUUGUCCCGGGCAUCUCACUGAUCAUCGCUGGAUGGUACAAGAAAAGCGAGCAGCCACCUCGCAAUGCGUUCGUAUUUGCCGCCAUGAGUUCUGUGGUCAAUGGAUUUCUCAGUUGGGCCGUAGGUCACAUUUCCGACGACUCGCCUCUCGCCAAGUGGCAGUAUCUGUACCUCAUCGUCGGCUCCAUCUCAAUGACAUGGUCCAUCUUCGCCUUCAUCUUCCUCCCCGAUACGCCAAUGAAUGCCUUCUUUCUCACGCAGCAGGAAAAAGUUUUCUGGGUGCAACGCCUUGCGGGUAACAAAACCGGUAUUGUCAAUAACGUCUGGAAAUGGGACCAGGUGCUUGAGGCAGUAAUUGACCCGAAGACCUGGCUCAUCUUCUUUUUCAAUAUCGCUAUCAACAUUCCGAACGGAGGCCUGACAACAUUCAACGGCAUCAUUAUCAAGAACCUCGGCUUUACAUCCGUUCAGUCAUCUCUUCUCGCUAUGCCCACGGGUGUCAUGUCUACUCUAGCAUCAGUCGGCUUCUCAUUUCUAGCCGCCAAGUGGAACGACCGUCGCUGCCUCGUCACUAUGAUCGCUUGCGUCAUCCCUAUCGUUGGCACUGGUGUCUUGUACGGUGUUUCCCGCAGCAAUGUACCCGCCCAAAUGGUGGGCCUGUAUCUGUGCUACACCUACUUCGGUCCGUACUGCGUCGGUAUUUCUUUGGCCCAAGCCAACACGGCUGGUCAUACCAAGAAGAAUGUCCAGUUCGCUAUACUGUACAUUGGAUACGCCGUCGGGAACCUCAUCGGACCCCAAACUUUCCGCGCAAACCAAGCCCCUGCGUAUACUGGAGGCGUGGUAGCUAUGCUGGUCUGCUACUGCGUGUGCAUUGGGUUGAUGUGUGCGUACUGGUUCUACUGCGUGGUACUGAACCGUAAGCUUGUGUCAGCUGCUCCUGUAGUAGAGGUUGACGGUACUGUUGUGGAGAACUUCAGCGACCUGACGGACUUUAAACAAGAGGGAUUCAAGUACACCACUUGA